AUGAGGUUUGGCCAAUUGAAAUUCCUAACAGCCGGGGGCGCCAGGCUCUCGCGGCCGUAUGUCAGCUUCUUUACUCGGCGAACAUACCACCCCUAUGUGCGGGAAGGCCGCUACAUCAAUAGGACCGUGGACCAACUGAUGCAGAUCAAUGAACUCCGUGCAACUGUAAUUCCUAAAAAUUUCAUCACACAUGACAUCCCAAACGGGAACCAAAUCAGGUACAAUAUUUUACGUGAAGAUGGACAACCCACACAUAGCAGCAACAUAGGGAUACCGGAAGAAGCUACCAAAAGAAGUGUCCCCUUUUUCCUCAACGACAAAUUAUUUUACAAGCACAUUGUCCUUAAAUUAAUGAAUAGAGAAAGAAAAAUGAAAACCAUUUCGAUUGAUUUCUUUUACCACUUAAACAAAUUUCAUAUAAACCAUAUAAAUAAUCAUUUUGGACAGAGCCGCUUAAUAUUUACCAAGACCUCUAAAAUAUUUUUCGCUGUGGUGGCUAGUUUUUCCGUCCUCUUAACGUUCUUCCUAGUAGCCUCCUCAAAUUAUCUGGAAUAUAAUAUAAUUUUGAAGUACCACAUAAAAUUCCAUUCUUUGCUGUUUUCUUUUUUCUCCGCUUACUAUUUGGGUUUACAAGUAGGUAGUUACUAUUUGGUCAACAAUCUUCACUACGUGUAUACCUGCCUCUUUUUGCUAGCCUCACUUAUUUCCAUGGGCAUGGCUGAUUAUGACAUAUGGGUCUCCUACUAUUUUUUAAGCUUAAAUUAUUUGGCCUUUAUAAUUAUUAAUUACUGUAAUGUGCGUUUGGGCAUGUUCCCUAGUUGCUUAUUUCAGAAUGUCAAUCGCAUUUUUCUCUUUUCCCUUUUGUCAAACUACCUGGCUGUUAACAAGGGGAAAUAUAUCGAACACAAUAUACAGCGCUUGCGCGAUGAAGAACUUGACGCGCGGCGCUUCAAGCUGUUCAAGGUACUCCCGUAUUUUUUGUGA